AUUACAUCCCCCUGCUCACAUUAGACCCCUAAACCAAAGAGGCAGAGUCAGAAUAAUUCCGGUAGACUCCGGCAUGGGCGUGGAAGAUUGGGAGAGCAAAUACAAAGUGCAGGGUAGAAGUCAGCUGAGUGAGUUCCUGGACCGGCAGGAUAACGGCAAGAGUGUUAACCUCCCCGCAGGGAGGGGCGGUCCAGUGCCCUCAAGCAGCUCUGUCUGCCAAAGCGCUAAGCACCCUGCCGUGUCACCUGCCACCUACCCAGAGAGCUAUGACACCAUCGAUCGACGGAGGAAAAAGAGGAUCAGAGACUCGGGAGGUUUGGCUUUCGGGGGCGCGGACGACCCGGGAGACGAAGCUUCCCCCGUACCCGACCUGGCGCUCCUCCGCCGGAAGAGGGGAGAACUGGUGCUGCGGCAGGUGGCCGACCUGGAGGAGGAGGAGGAGCUGAUGACGCCGUGCCUGAAACCGUACAAGGACGGGCUGCUGUACAAGACGAGGAUGUGGGCGAAGAACAAGCUGGAGAAUACGCUGGAAAACUACGUCGCUUUCCAGGAGGAGGAGGCGGCCAGACUGAGGGCGGGCUUUGAGUACGGCUACGAGGGUUGCGAGGAGCUGCCCUACCCCGUGGGGCCGGAAGAGGAGCUGCAGGAGAUAACCUCUCUUGCGGAGGCUAUUUACUCCGAAAGGGUCCGUGGUAGACACGCCUCUUCUCACGUGGAGAAGUCCCUGGGUUAUCGGGAGAAGAAGAUGGGUAAGAUGGGUGGGUGGGAUCCAGAGGCCAUGCUGUCUCCGGUGGAAGAGCCGAGUGAAGAGUACGUGGAUCCCAUGGAUGAGCUCCAGUGUUUGGUUGAAACCGUGUCUGAGUACCUGGCGGAGAAAGAAGAGGAGAUCAGCAGGUAUGGAUCCCUUCCGAAGCCGAGCAAGUCCAGAGUGUCGUCUCAGGGCAGCAUGAGAACGGAGUCGGUUGGGGAAGACCCCAGUAGCACCUCGAAGGGAGAGAGUCAAACUCAGGAGCCACCUGAUCAAGGGAUAUCCGGGGUGAAGAAUGCCGUCACUUCCUUAUUCAGUUCCUUCACUGACAAAGUGAGUUUGGCCCCUAAGCCGCCCAGUUCUUUACCCACUCAAAUGAAAGAGGCGCCAUCUCCAGCCCCUCCUCAGUCUGGAAUAUCAAAGCUUUUUUCCUUUAUCCCCAAAUCCACCAAUACCCCACCCGUGGCCGUCGUGUCCCCUGUGGAACCCGCCCCUGACAAAACAUUUGGGUUUAAUUCUCGUCCUCCUCUCCUUCAGUCUGAAGCCAGGACGCGAGACCAUCGGUUGACGAGCGCGGGCAUCGGAACAGAGAGUCAGAACGGCUCACGCGGCAAUGAGUUUUCAGCCAAGCAUCAAGCCCCUGACAGCCAAUCGGUUUUGGGGAAAAUCAACCCUUUAAAGUUGAUGUCGGGGGAUGAGGGAAUGAAUUCCACCGGGGUUAAAACACCGUCUGGCACUGGAGGGGACCCCAAGGGACACGCUCACUGGGAUGAGAAAUAUGUGCAGCCAGGUGAUCCGUUGGUGACAGGUGGAAGACGGGGAGAAAGAAUUGACAAAGCCAGGGGUACAUCACAAAAUAAACAAGUCGACAGUCAAGGAAGAACUGUGCACGGCACUCCCCACAAUGUAGCAGGACCGCCAGGAAACGUAACAACCUCUGUGGUUGGGAAGCCCAUUGGACAAACGGAACAGGUGAAUUCAGGUUUUUUCAGCCCUUUCAGAAAGUCUUUAAGCUCAUUAAUUACCCCAGUUGCCUCGGUUGCUCCGGUCCCCCCUCAAGGACCCCCGCCCGUGAUGGCAUAUCCACUGUUUCGGUCAGCAGAAGAUGUUAGGCUUGAGAAGCCAAUUGAGGAUCCCUCUGUUGGAAGUAAGAUAAAACCUUUCCUCUCCUCUGAAAAUGUCUCAUCCCAGCAACCUCCUAAACCAGAGGGAGGAAUGUUGUCCGGGUUUCUUAAAUUUGCCUCUGGCGAAGACGCCAGUGCCUCCAAAAGCACACAGCAACCGAUGCAAAUACACCCUGAAGCACCGUCAACGUCAGGCAUGACCCGAGGAACGUCGAACCCUCCGCCGCAGAACCGGGGUGGCGUGGGCGCGGUCCCCGGAACACAGCCACAGGGGAACCCAGAAACGGGGUGGUUCUCCGGCCUGUUCAGACCAGCUUCAAAUGACAACGUGCAUGCUUCCUCGCAUCAGAACACCCCUCCAGCUACAUAUGGCUCAAAUCCAAAUAUUCCCAGUGGUCAACAUAGGCCUCAACAGUCCCAGCUGCCCCCUGGGCCACAUCAACAACAGUCACCAAACCCAGCGCCGGCAGCGGCACCUCCGCCUGAACCUCAAGGGUUUUUGACUGGUCUUUUCAAAACAACCUCCACAGAUGAUGCAUCACGUGUCGGUUCUAGCCAACCCCAACAAGGAGGCCUGUUGUCCGGGCUACUGAAAUUUGGCUCUGCUAGCGACAUAUCUGGAAAACCAAUCCCGCAGACUUCCCUGAACAAUCAACCUCCCGGGGCCUGCAAUCCGCAGCAGUUCCCUCCUAACCCUCCCCCUCAACAAAGUGCACCUCCUCCUCCUCAACCCAGUGGUCUUCUCUCAGGCUUGUUGAGGUUUUCGUCCACAGAAAAUGUAUCCAAUGUGCAAGCAACCCUACCUCAACAGCAGGGGACGCCCCCUGGUGUUCACGCCAAUCAUCAUCAACCAGCCCCAUCCCAGCAACCCCCUCCGCAACAAGGGGGUCUACUGUCAGGGUUGUUUAAAUUUGCUUCCUCUGACAACGUUUCAAGCAGUCAAGUAUCUCAACCCCCGAACCAGCCACCUAUAGGUGGUCCCAACCAGCCUAGGAUCAAUCAACAGAAUAUUCCGGGCCAAAACCGUGGACCCCCACUCAGAGCAAGAUCCCCAAGUGAACUAGCUACCCAACAAGCGCAGGCAAAUAAGCCCGGCUUUUCAAGGCAACAAACCAUCCCACAGAGGUCUCCUUCUCAACAAAGUGGUCUUUUAUCUGGACUUUUAAAGUUUAACUCUGCAGACAACGUGUCGAACCAGCAGCCCCCGUCUACACAGCAACAACACAGAACGUCUCAGAGCCAGCAGUUUCAGGGAAGGCAGAGCAUGUCAGUGCAAGGCCAUAUUCAACAAACAGACGCUUCAUCACAGAGGCCUAGUCAACCUGGUGGUCUACUUUCCGGGAUAUUUAAAUCCUCCUCAGACGAUGUGCCUCAGAAACAGCAGACCCCGAUAGGCCACGAAAUCAGGCCGCAGGCACCAUCAUCCCAGAGUUAUGCACCUCAGACACAUCAAGAAACAACAGGCCAGACUGGAGUGCUCUCAGGUCUGUUCAGCAAGUUAACAAAGUCUUCUGAGACUGUUGAAACAACCACCCAGUCCCCACCUCCCAUGCAUACACAGCAAGAGAGGGAAAACGCCAACACAACAGCAAGGCCGAUUUCCCAGAUCACUCCUCUAUCUACACUUACACCUUCACAACAAUCUACCUAUGCGACGCAUCAUGUCGAAGACAAGCCACCACCUACUCAACAAAAAGGGUUUCUCUCAGGGCUCUUCAACAGAACUACAACGGAGGAGACCACCAUACAGAAGCAGGCUGAAAUAAUCGUUCAAAAUCCAGAACAGUGGCCUGUACAUACUAUGAGCACCCCAGGUUCCCUUCCAGUUCAUUCCAACACCGGGCAAGGCAAUCAACAUCAUUUUGCUGCAAGUCAUGAAGUCAGACAUGUGGUAGGUGGUGUCCCCGCUUCUUUCAACACGGAGAGUUUAGACUUGAGAACUCCGACAAAUGUUGUGAGAUCUCUUCAGAAUAGAGCUCCUUACACUUCAAGCAGCGCAGGUGAUUUAUCACAGUCGUGUUAUUAUGGGUCUCUCCCAGCACUUCGCCCAAUGCCAUCCGCGUACAGCACAGAUAGCAUGUAUCCUAUUUUACAUGGAUACCAAAACCCUAUAAUGAUGCCAUCCCAACAAUAUUUUGGUGGAAGUGAUCAGUCAUUGUACGCGGUGACUGGACCAGAUGGAGGCCAAACUCCAAUGACCUCGUACGGGAUCCAUUCUAGUUACGAUGAAAAUCAAUGGAUCCGAGAAUCUAGUCUAUGGCAGCAGUUUCAGAACGAACAACAGCCUUCUCAUCGACCAGACGAUCUGGUGUAUGGACGCCCAUCCGACACUGCGCUGUAUCAGGGCUCUUCACCUCACUGGAGCGCCACAAAUCUCAGCGGCCAGCAACAAUACGGUCCGCCGCAAACAUGGCAGGAAGUCAACUACGACCCCGAGCAGACGGAAUCUUACCAACUUGCUGCAUCCAGAGGCGGUCACAGCAAUCCUUAUGCCAAGAAGAAGUUAUGGAACAGCACUGAUGACUUGGGACACAAUACACAAUGCAUAUCAGAAGAAGAGAGUGCGUUAAACUUGAGUACCAAACCAUGUAAUCCUAGAUUUGGCAAAUGGCACUCAUUUAACGACUGCAGCUGUUACAGCCUCAAUGGGGUUACCUAUCACGAAGGUUAUUAUGAGGAGAACGCUCCGAGCCUUUCUUAUUCAGCUAAUUGGCAUUAUGGAAGCGAUCAACAAUUUCAGUCGCAAGAAAUGAUCAAUCAGAGCCAGUAUAAUUUAAGAAGGCCAAGUGAUUUCAACCAUUCCCAAGCUGUAAAUGGAGAAAGGGAAGAUUUCAUGUACCUGGAAGAGACCGAAUGGUACCAGCAGUGGCUUGCACUCUUAGAGCAAGGAAUGUGGUGGCCAGCUGACGAUGGCGAAUGCGGAUAUUUCGUCUACACGGAUCACGAGUACAUUUACGCCCUCCUGACAGACGCGGCGGGGGAAUAUGUAUACGCGUGCGCUCCAGAGGAAGAGUCCUCCAGAAACGGGACCCAGUCUGAUAAGUUCCCCAGUGCUUGGCUGUGCAACGAAAUGGUCACAGUGUGUGGCUUCAAAGUUCCUCUGUACAAUGAAGACGAGCUCCUCUGGCUUCCUGGGCAGGGGGAUCCACAGCUCCUCAAUGCACCCCUGGAUCUAUCUGCUGCAUACAGAAAAGGAAACCAAAUCAUGAAUUUAAACCUGGAGCGUUUUUCCCAGAUGUUUGAAAAUUCCUUCCUUGCACAGAGAGAGCAACCUGUGAAUUUCUCUGAUUAUAGACUCAACAAAGUCAGGAUGGAUUCAGGACGACCCGGCUAUGUGUAUCAGGAUCCCUACACGGAGGUCAUGGAUCUAUCUUGUCGUAACGGUAACCGUGCAGGUCCUUACUGGAACAAUCAGGAAUUGAAAGCACUUUUAGCUCAAAAGGUUGCCAUCUCACUGAACUCUACCCCCACCACAGACUCCGCCCAGCAGCGCUUGUACAACUGCUACCAGCCUCGCCAGCAUCGCCGAUCAUCCUCUGGGGUCAAAGUGAAGCAUGUAGAUGACACUUCAGAGGAGGAAUGGAGGAAAAGAGUAAGCCCUGGGGAGGAACAGCCCAAUCGGCAAGUCAAGAAAAUAUCUUCAUUAAUUUCCUCGUUUGUCGGCAAAACCUCCGAAGCAGACGCGAACAAGGCAACAGCUGGUUUCAGAUCUCCCGUUACCUCCCGUGAUCAACGGAAAUCACCUGCGGUUGAGACUCCGGUUGACCAGCAAGCCAAGGGGAUUUUCUCAUCAGGUUUCCAGAGUCUAAAGUCAAAGAUCAUAAAGGAGGAUCCCCCAGCUACAACUCAGCCUCAAACCGUUACCCAACAAACGAACCGGCCUGCUGCAGCCUCCCCUAGAAUCCUACCCACACCUCCAACCCAAAUGAGAGAGCCCAUUGCCCAAUCCCAGGCUGCAUCAUCGAAGCCUAGGCUCGCAAGGCAAGCGACAAUGUCCCAACAGUCAGCCCCGCCGACACAACCCGCCGUCGCACCAGGGCUUUUGGGGUCAGCAAAGGCCCCAAACCAAUCUGCAUCUCUUGCGCCAUCACACACGCAGCAUGCCGUUGAGAAACCUGUGGAAAAACCACCUGAGCCGCAGGCUGGGUUCAUGAGCUUUUUCAAGUCUGCGGUAGGUAUAGAGGAGCCGAAAGCAGAGCCAACCAAAUCCACUCAGGCACUGCCAAAACAACAAGAAACAACUGGCUCCACUGCUACCUUAACAGGAUCCACUGCCAGUUUAACAGACAGUGCUCCCCCAAACAAAGAAGGUUCUGGAGUUUCCACUAUCUUUGGAUCUAUAGGUAGUUUGUUUGGCUCAGAGCCCCCACCUCCACAGCAACCGAAGCCCAGUGUUACAGAGCCUCCAUCGACAAGACCUAGAGGCAUACAGAAACAACAAACGAUAGAUAGUUUUAGUCAAAGUCAAGCCCCUCAACUUCCAGGAAAAAGUAUGUCUCAAGUUUUUCCUCCCACCUCUGGCCCUGUUCCAACACUUGGGAGAUCUCAGACGAUGCCACCAACAGGAGAGACCAAACGGGAGCAGCCACCUAAACCAGCUGGAGGGCUAUUUGUAGCCCUUGGGGAUAUGCUAUCUGGAACAACACCUACUACUGCAGCUAAAGAAGAAUCUCCUGUUUCCGGGCUGUUGUCCUUGUUUGGUGGAUCUGCUUCCCAACCGGCUCCACCCCAGGCUGUCGCUCCAACCCAGCCUUCACAUCAAACACACCCACCAGGAACAGCUCCUCAACCGACACCACCUCAACCAGAACCGACCGUUAAAGGGUUCCUCGCCAUGUUUUCAGGACCAAGUCCCCCUCAACCUGCCCCUCCAACUGGACCCACACCUCAAGCAACAUCACAACCAACUCCUCCACAACCAGAGCCAACUGUUAAAGGGUUCCUCUCCAUGUUUUCGGGACCAAGUCCCCCUCAACCUGCCCCUCCAACUGGACCCACACCUCAAGCAACAUCACAACCAACUCCUCCCCAACUAGAGCCAACUGUUAAAGGGUUCCUCUCCAUGUUUUCGGGACCAAGUCCCCCUCAACCUGCCACUCCAACUGGACCCACACCUCAAGCAACAUCACAACCAACUCCUCCACAACCAGAGCCAACUGUUAAAGGGUUCCUCUCCAUGUUUUCGGGACCAAGUCCCCCUCAACCUGCCCCUCCAACUGGACCCACACCUCAAGCAACAUCACAACCAACUCCUCCACAACCAGAACCAACUGUUAAAGGGUUCCUCUCCAUGUUUUCGGGACCAAGUCCCCCUCAACCUGCCCCUCCAACUGGACCCACACCUCAAGCAACAUCACAACCAACUCCUCCACAACCAGAGCCAACUGUUAAAGGGUUCCUCUCCAUGUUUUCGGGACCAAGUCCCCCUCAACCUGCCCCUCAAACUGGGCCCACACCUCAAGCAACAUCCCAACCAACUCCUCCACAACCAGAGCCAACUGUUACAGGGUUCCUCUCCAUGUUUUCUGGACCAAGUCCCCCUCAACCUGCCCCUCCAACUGGACUCACACCUCAAGCAACAUCUCAACCAACUCCUCCACAACCAGAGCCAACUGUUAAAGGGUUCCUCUCCAUGUUUUCUGGACCACCACAGCCUCCAACACAGCCUAAUACUCAGCGGCCUUCCCAGGAUGUUGUUCCACCUACUGUGCCUAGCACACAGUCAUCUCAGCCAAUUCAGCCGGACCAACAACCUCAACCUCAAACUGGCUCCACAGCUCCAGAAUCUGUUCCUCCAACAGAACCCCCUUCCAAAGGUUUAUUGUCAAUGUUCAGUGGACCAAGUCCAGCGGACGCCCAACCACAAACUCAGCCGCCAGCUAGCUCUAUACUUGGGGGGAUUCUGGGUGUCUCAUCAACCUCCAAUGAAAGUCCUACCAAAGGUUUACUCUCCAUGUUUAGUGGGCCGAGCCCCGCGCAAGCCCCACCACCAGCUUGGCCUGCUUCAGACUCUUCUAGCUCUGGAACCACUGCACCUACUGAGCAGCCAAUGAAAAACUUGUUUUCUUUGUUCAGUGGCCCCACGUCACCACCCCAGAAAGCAAGCACAACAAUUGAAUCAGCGCCAUCAUCUACUGCCCCUCCAAACGAACCCCUGACUAAAGGUCUCCUUUCCAUGUUCGGUUCUCCGAGCCCACAACAAGGGCCUUCUCCGUCUUCAACAUUUCUCGGUGGCCUUCUCUCUGGAACAGCCAGUACCAGUGAAACACCAGGCAAAGGGCUAAUGUCAAUGCUCAGUGGAGUUAGUCCUCAAUCUACUGAACCCAAGCCUGCCCCAACCACGGAUACUACCGUGACCGUACCAGACACUCCUAAAGACGGCACUCAAGUUGAGAUCAUCAAUGCUGAUGGAACCAAAGAACCUCCUCCGGAAUCUGCAACUGUCCAAAAAGAACCAACCCCGGAAGUUGCUCCUCAAGAGCCUGCCCUACCUAAAGAACCCCCAGCUUCAGGUUUGAUGUCCAUGUUCACUGGAUCAGGACCACAGGCACCCUCACAAGCUGGGUCUAUUCUGGGGGGGCUUAUGUCAGGGUCAGCCGCACCCAAAGAAAUACCAGGAAAAGGUUUGUUUUCAAUGUUCUCUGGACCUUCUCCCGAGCAGAGUACUGGUCAAGGCUCUGCUCCUCUUGCUGGUCAGGCAGCACCUGUCCCUACUGGUCAGACGGGGGCCCCUCCACCAGGGCCCGAACCUGUUCCUUCCGCCCCUAAAGAACCACCAGCUAAAGGAUUGUUCUCCAUGUUUGGAGGUCCUACACUGCCGUCUGCUUCUCCACAGACUGCAGGAUCCAUGUUGGGGGGGAUGUUUGGAGGGGCUGCUGCCCCAACCGCUACAGCUCAGACAGGGGGAUCUUUACUGGGAGGUUUGUUUGCUGGCUCUGCACCUCAGACUGCUCCGCAGACAGGAGGAUCGUUAUUGGGUGGCAUGUUUGGAGGUGCGACAAAUCAGAAUGCUCCUCAGAGUGGUGGGUCGUUACUGGGGGGGAUGUUUGGAGGGUCCUCCUCCCAAACUAGUACCCCUCAGACCGGAGGGUCUCUCUUGGGAGGCAUGUUUGGGGGACCUGCUUCACAGACAGGUGGAUCUAUGCUGGGAGGUCUUUUACCCAGUGCCUCAUCCGCUAAGGAAAUGCCCGGGACCGGUUUGCUCUCCAUGUUUGGGGGUUCUAGUCCUGCAGCGGUUCCCACUCCUACGGCUCCACCCAAACAACCAGAGGAGGGUAUAGCAUCAACCGCUGCACCUGCCUCCACGUCUGAUGAUGUCGCCCUCAAAAGCAAAGAUUCAGGUGAUACAGCUUCGGUUACUGUGCUCAAAGACGCACAGCUGUCACAGGCGCCGAGACAGCUCGAUGGAACAUCUCAGUCCCUGAAGUCAGAUGCUCAAGAAAAGGAUGGAAAAUCUGCUGAUGGGGUAGCUGUAGGCCAGGAAACUGAUAAGACUGCUGUGGCUACUCAGCCUAAAGCAGAACAAACUGCCACGGCAUCAGAGCCAUCGGCAAAACCGGAACAGCCACUGAGUGAUCAGUCUAAUCAGAAUCAAAUCCCAGUCAAAACUGAGGAGACUAAACCAGCUGCUCCUGUACAAGGACAACAAAAACCUCCUGAACCCGAGAAAUCCGUUCUCGACUCCUCAGCCGACGUAGUCUCUGGUUUCAUGUCAAAGAUGUUUUCUAGUCCAGCUGCUCCCUCUCAGCCUUCGAUGAGCGGCUUUUUCUCCCAAGCACAGUCCUCCUUUUUCAAGCCCUCUACCCCUCCUCCAGGUCCUCAACCACAACAAAGAACCUCUCUCUUUGGCCUGCCUACAAGCCUCCCCACCAGCCUCCCAACAGAGUCUCUUAAAAGCGAUCUCUUUGGGAUGUUUAAAACUCCCGAGCCCCCAAAGCCAGCUGAACCAAAGGCGGCUGAGCCUAAGUCAGCCCCUACACCACAACCAGAGGCUAAAAUGGGAAUCACUUCCAAAGAUCAGUCCGUCGAGGGAGAUUGUCACACUACAGUUCCUGACUCGAGAUCACCUGACAAACAGGUUACAUCUGUAUCUGACUCCAACCAGGUUGUAAAUAAAGCACCUCCUCAAAGAACUGCCUCAGUCACUUCUACAACUGAAGUGAGGCCCACAGAAAAGCCUAUACCGUUAGACGGGGACGUCAUACAUGAGAAACCCAUGUUAAUCAGGGGAGAACCUGAAAAUAGUGCUACAAACGAAUCGGCCCCAGCAGCAGAAGUUGCUAAGGGGGUUCCAGAACCCCCCCUUCCCAAAACUCUAGAACCCCCCCUUCCCAAGACUCUAGAACCCCCCCUUCCAAAGACUACAGAACCCCCCCCUCCAAAGUCCAUGUUCGGUUUCAUGUCUGGACCUAGCGAUGCUGGAAUGUCCCUUGGCUCCAUAUUUUCAACUCCUACCACAAUCCCCAAAGGCCUACCUUCAAUGCCCCAAACAGAAGGAGGUCUCUUUGGUGGAUUCAAAACCAUAUCUGCAGGCCUGUUCCAAGAAGACAAGCCCACAGCAACUAAGCAGGAGCCUCCCACAGCCUCGAUAUUUGGGGCUAAGUUAGGUUUCCCUUGGCAGACUGAACCUCCCAAGCCACAGGGUCCGACAGUCACCACCCAACUCAAAGCCAGUGACAAGCCAGCCAAAGACACAAGUGGUCAAAGUUUGGGGAAGCCGCAAACCUUAGAAAGAGGCCCAGGAGCUGAAGUCCAAAAGCCGGAAUCGGUAGGUCCCGUUGAUGACAUAGCAAAACCCCAGAUACGCAUCUCCGAGAUAGAUCCUUCAGCUUCCCUGUCCCAAAACGGAAAGGAAUGCCUUGUAGACCCAGCCCCCUCUGCAGAUAUCAUCCCUGGAGCGCGGCUGGAAAACCAGUCCAAGAGGGACCUAUUGAAUGCAAAAAGGCUAGUAGAAGCAUAAUAAAUGGUGCUUCCCCAACACCAUUUAUGAUGCAUUGAUAUUUUGGGGAGAGUAUUCCCCGAUCCAGCUCUGAAAUCCACCCUCUACGUCUCGUUUCGUCUUGGCUUUAUCUGUGCUUGUUCGUGUAGCAUCGUGUUAUUGUGCAUGUUGUACUGUAGAACGUUGCCUUGUUACCUAAGCAAGUGUUUGUGUCCUUGUGUGAUGUACUGAUAGUUAUGACCUUAAAACAAGCAGUUCCGUCCUAACAUGAAGUCUCUCUCUCGCCCUCCUCUCGUCA